AUGAGAACAUUUGCCUCGUUUCAGCUUCUGUGCUUGGUAUCUGGGGUUCUUUUUGUGGCUUGUGAAUCAUUUGCAUCAAAAGAAGUUUGGGCCCUUACAAGGUUUAAGGAAGCUAUAUAUGAAGACCCACAUCUAGUUUUGUCCAAUUGGAAUUCCUUGGAUGUGGAUCCUUGUGGAUGGACCGGCAUUACAUGUUCUCUGUCUCGAGACCAUGUUCUAAAGAUUAACAUUUCGGGUUCAUCAAUAAGGGGAUUUCUUGUACCAGACUUGGGUCAACUCAGCUUCUUGCAAGAACUAAUUUUGCAUGGGAACAAGCUGCUUGGGAUAAUACCUGAAGAGCUGGGCUUGUUAAAAUACCUCAGGAUCUUGGAUUUGGGGAUGAAUGAACUCACUGGUCCAAUUCCUCCAGAGCUUGGGAACUUAACCAGUGUUGUGAAAAUAAAUCUUCAGUCAAAUGGGUUAUCCGGUAGGCUACCUCCUGAACUUGGCAAUUUGGCAUACCUUGAGGAACUUCAUUUGGAUAGGAAUAAGCUUCAAGGAACUCUUCCUGCCAAUAGCUAUACAAAAUUACCUUCUAACCUCCAUGGAAUGUACGCCUCAAACUCAAACUUAACGGGCCUUUGUCGAUCAUCUCAGUUAAAAGUUGCAGAUUUCUCAUUCAACUUCUUUGUUGGUAACAUACCUAAGUGCUUGGAGUAUCUUCCCAGGUCAAGUUUUCAAGGAAAUUGUCUCCAAAAAGAGGAUCCCAAACAGCGUCCUGUAGAACUAUGUGCUAGUGUGUCACCCUCUAAAGGACAUCCAGGAGUUAACCCUAAGAACAAACCUGCUAAAGAUGCCCCCAAACACCAGGAGACUUCAAAACCUGCCUGGCUGUUGGCUCUGGAAAUAGUGACUGGAACCAUGGUCUGUUCUCUCUUUCUUGUUGCUGUUUUCACUGCUCUUCAGAGAUGCAAUAGCAAAUCUUCUAUCAUAAUUCCUUGGAAGAAAUCAGCAAGUGAAAAAGAUCAUAUUGCAGUUUACAUAGAUUCCGAGAUGUUGAAAGAUGUUGUCAGAUUCAACAGACAAGAGCUUGAGGUAGCCUGUGAAGACUUUAGCAACAUUAUUGGCUCCUCGCCUGAUAGUUUGGUUUACAAAGGCACGAUGAAAGGUGGGCCUGAGAUUGCUGUGAUAUCCCUUUGCAUUAAGGAGGAGCAUUGGACAGGCUAUCUUGAACUCUAUUUUCAGAGAGAGGUGACAGAUUUGGCAAGAUUAAAUCACGAGAACGCAGCAAAAUUACUGGGUUAUUGUAGUGAGAGCACCCCAUUUACGAGGAUGCUGGUUUUUGAAUAUGCUUCAAAUGGGACACUGUAUGAGCACCUCCAUUAUGGAGAAGGAUGCCAGUUAAGUUGGACACGGCGCAUGAAAAUUGUUAUAGGAAUUGCUCGGGGACUUAAGUAUUUUCACACAGAACUUGAGCCACCAUUUACCAUAUCCGAGUUAAAUUCUAGUGCUGUAUAUCUUACAGAAGAUUUUUUACCCAAGCUGGUAGAUUUUGAGAGUUGGAAGACAAUUCUGGCGAGGUCAGAAAAGAACUCGGGCUCUAUUAGCAGCCAAGGUGCUAUUUGUGUUCUUCCAAAUUCUAUGGAAGCACGCCACCUGGAUGUUAAAGGCAAUGUUUAUGCUUUUGGCAUACUUUUGCUCGAAAUAAUCAGUGGCAGGCCUCCCUACUGCAAGGACAAAGGGUGCUUGAUAGAAUGGGCCAAAGACUAUCUUGAGUUGCCAGAGGUGAUGCCUUACGUGGUGGAUCCUGAACUGAAACAUUUCAGUUACGACGACCUCAAAGUUUUAUGUGAUGUGGUGAAUCUUUGCACCCAUCCAGAGCCCACGAAGCGGCCUUCCAUGCAGGAAAUAUGCACAAUGUUGGAGAGCAGAAUCGACACAUCGGUGUCUAUUGAGCUCAAGGCAUCUUCUUUGGCAUGGGCCGAGCUUGCACUUUCAUCAUAA